GGUAUAAUCACUUCGUUCGCAUUCACACAACACCUUGCAAACGAAUAUACAGAAACCAGCAGACAGAAUGGCGAACACACAAGAAUCUAAGAGUCUAACAUUGACCGUCCUCGGUUCUGGUACCAUGGGUAUAGCCAUCAUGGGCGGCGUAAUGUCCUCGCUCGCCAGCGCAAAAACACAAGCAACCCUCGAUCCCUCGUCUGCCUCCAAAGACACGCCCAACCUCUCCAGCUUCAUCGCUUGUGAUCAGUGGAAGCCUGCGGAAGAAAACGUCCGCAAAGCACUCGGCCACUACAACUUCCCGCUACAAACCCUCACAAACCAGAACCUCACGGGUGUCCAACAAGCAGACAUCAUCCUAUUAUCUUGCAAACCCCAUGGCUAUAAGACAAUAUUGGGUGAAGAGGGCAUGCUCGAGGCGCUGAAGGGCAAGGUUUUGGUGUCGAUACUGGCAGGCGUGACACAGCAGCAGAUUGAAGCCUUCCUCUACCCAUCGGGCGUAGACAAAGCAGAUAAUCCAUGCCGAGUCGUGCGUGUAAUGCCCAAUACAGCUUCCUUCGUCCGCGAAUCCAUGUCCGUCAUCCAAACCUCGGAUCCACCGCUCACGGACUCGCAACAUGCGCUCGUUUCUUUCGUUUUCAGCUCCAUUGGCCGUGUUGUGUCACUUCCACCCGCUUUAAUGGACAUCUCCACCGCGCUGUGCGGGUCUGGUCCUGCUUUCUUCGCCCUCAUUCUGGAGGCUGCGGCGGAUGGUGCUGUUGCCAUGGGACUGCCCAGGGCGGAAGCGCAGAUCAUGGCUGCGCAGACGAUGCGAGGGACAACGGGGUUGGUGUUGAAUGGAGAGCACCCGGCUGUGCUGAAGGAUAAGGUUAGCACGCCUGGAGGUUGUACAAUUGGCGGUCUGAUGAGCUUGGAGGAAGAUGGGGUGAGGGGAUCAGUGGCGAAAGCGAUCAGGGAGGCUACAGUUGUUGCGUCAAGGUUGGGUGGGGAGACUAGGGAAUUUGUCAACCACAGGCGAUAGUUGCCUUGAGACGCGAAUACCAGCAUGCAUUCAUGUUGGACGCCUAUCUUUCCACUUCGGCGCCAUGGCAGACCAAAGUACGAUAAAUUCUAUUCAAAGAUGUAAUGAGCAAUGUUACAAUUCGAAAUGGAACGUUGAACUCAACUAGGCACCAAAGUAAGCUGUGAACCCUGGAAAUAUAUCUCAUUAGGCCUACGCCUAGGCUAGGUACAGGUGCCUAUCGGUGGAAGGAUAUAUUACAAGAAGUAGAGAUCACCCAAAGAUCCGCCCCGUAUUCAUGUCCAAGCAUAUGCAAAUGAUCAAAAUGCCAUCCACUGUCGCCUUCCGCUUAGCCAUUACAUAUACCCUUUUUCACCUUGAAAGAAAGACAUCCUAUCUUCUUUCCCGCUCCCGCUCCCGCUCCACACGCUCCAUCUCCCUGUCUACCUCACCCUCCGUUCUCACACCACCCCGUCUAGCUUUUGCAUUCUUCCGCAGCC